AUGGCACGAGAGAUCGCCAAGCACUUUGAGCACAAGUCGGGGGACGACUACGAGGUGGUGGUGGAGGCCAUUGACACCAUGACCUGCGUGGCCUGGUACAUCAAUGACAUGAAGCGCAAGCACGAGCACGCCAUCCGCCAGCAGGAGAUCCAGUCGCUGCUGCUGAACUGGAAGGGGCCAGACCUGACCACGUAUGGGGAGCUGGUGCUGGAGGGCACUUUCCGGGUGCAGCGAGUACGCAACGAACGGGCCUUCUUCCUCUUCGACAAGGCCCUGCUCAUCACCAAGCGUCGCGGAGACCACUACGUCUACAAGAACCACAUCCCGGUGGGUGCCGGCAUGGUGGCGGCUGCCCCACACUCCCUGGGCACCAUUGGCCACCCCAUGUCCUCCUGGGCACUGCUGGCCACCCUUUGUCCCGCUGGCCUCUACUAG